UCUUUAAAUAUUGUAAUUGAGCUGGCGUGUUAACAGGACUGAACGUUAUUCAGCACGGGCUUGUUUUAACUUACUUAACAUAAUGACAGUUUGUGGACUUCCAAGAGUCCAGACAAUAGUUUAGCAAAACAUUAUUCACUAGCAGUGCUGUUUGGCCUGCACUGUUUGCCUAUCACCUCAGCUGUAACAUUACUUCACCUUAAGCUGUAAACGAAUUUAGCUUGCUAACAUCUAAACGGCUUGCUAAUGCUUUAACUUUUGUCUUCAUAUGUAGAAGAAUACCAACAGUAGACUAUUAGCCAGUAAACAUGUUAGCAGGGGCACUAAAUGAAAAGUCAGGGGAUCAAUGACUGAAGCAUACCGUAUCCAACAGUUCCGUUGAACAUCAACUAAUGGAUGGACUGGCCGACAAAUGUAACCUUACAGUUUAAACUUGAACGCAUGGCCCACCACGAAAUGUGUAAACUGAAAAGAUUUUGGUUGCUAGCACUGCCAAGACUAUAUUAUGAUCAAGUGGGAAAACCAAGGGUUAAAAUAAAAUCGGGAGUUUCUUCUCACUCAGGUGAUUUACACUACUAACUAGAGCUGCCUCAAUGCUGUGUACAUUAUCUUUGACGAUGGAGGGGUAAGGUGGCUCGGAGGCAAAUUGAAUCCACAAACCAGUUAGAUUACUUCCUUCCAGGAAUUAAUUCAUUUGCAUUGCUAUCAGUGUUUAUGAUCAGUUCUGCCGGGCCAUUUCCGACUCAAAGACCAUUAGUUUAGGCAAAGCAGAGCAGGUCAUAAGUCAGCCCUGUGUGAGGAGACAACACCGCCGCAGAGAAUGGUAAUGCGAGAAAUAUUCCUUUAUCUUUUGCUUGGUCAUCUUCAAGCUGCCGUUGGCUCUGUCUGUGUUCCUGUCCAGUGUAUGAAAUGUAAUGUCACAGAGUCAGUUACAACCGAUCCAGGAUGCAUUAAUGAAACUUUUCCAUCAAACUGCACAAAAGACUUUGAGGUUUCUGUAAACAGCACUCAACCCCAGCCACAGGAGGGUGAUGAUGUCACUCUAACGUGUGUGAAUAACCUCUCAGAUAUGAUCCUGGCGUUUAAGUGGAAGAAGGACGGUGAAGAAAUGGCUGGCCAAAAUAAUAGCAUACUGGUUCUCCAAAAGGUGUUUGCAUCUCACCAAGGCCAGUACAUCUGCAUUGUGAAUAGCACAUGUGGCAAUUACACGUCUCUGCCAUACAUACUCACUGUACACAGCAACAGUGUGGUGCUCCUGUUGGUUUGUGGUGUUGGCGCUCUGGUCCUGGUCUUGUCAAUGGGGCUGGCUAUGAAGAUCAAGCUGAAAAGAGACACCGACAAACACAAAGAAAGGAUGAAUCAGAGGUUACAGGCUGGGCAGAGGGGCGGUCCGGCUCCGCUCACACCAAGAAGGUCCUAAAUAAGAACCGGUCUAUCACCUUGAAAAAUAAUAAAUACUAAUAGUGUUUCAUAAUUUGCUGUUGUAGAAUUUGCUGUAGAAAUAAAAACCUCCUUUUA